AUGUCAAAUGAAACAGAUUAUAAUAAUACUCAAAAAUAUGAUUUUAUUUCUCAAUAUCUUACUCAAUAUGUAGGUAGUUCGUUAUAUGUUCUAUGUCUUUGUGGUACUAUAAUGAAUAUGUUAACUUUUUUACAACAAUCAUUUCAACGUCGAGCUUGUUCACUUUAUCUAUGGAUAGCUUCAUUCUGUGAUUUUAUUCAUUUAAAUAUUGGUUUGUUAUCAAAUAUUCUUCAUUAUGGUUUUCAUUAUCACUGGUCUAAUAGAUCAAUAAUAGUCUCUUCACUUACAAUAUUAGCGUUUAUAAAUCGAUAUAUGAUGAGUUCAAGACAGAGUUCACGAUGGAAAUUUAGUAAUCGUACAAUCAUUAUUCGAUGUAUAAUUACCAUAAUAUUUUUUUGGGUAAUUGCAUCCAUUCCAAUUAUAUUCUGUUCACAAUAUGGUCGUCAUUUAUCAUAUAAUGAACAAUUAAUUUGUUCGAUUUCAUGUCGAUAUUCAUAUGGUGUUAUAAUACAAAUAAUAUAUGUUUGUUUAUUUAAUGGAUUUAUUCCACCAGUUACUAUGGCGAUUUUUGGUUUUCUUACAUAUUGUAAUGGACGUAAUCUUCAUCAAAGAUCACAAACAAAAUCAAUUCGUGUUCGACGAAUUAAUAAACAAUUAACAUGGAUGCUUAUAUUUCAAUCAAUUAAAUCACUUUUUACUUCUAUUCCAUAUUCUAUAUUUAGUUGUUAUUGGAUUUUCACUUUAAAAAAAUCGAAAUCAUUGAUGGAUGAAGCAAAAGAAAAUUUAGUUAAUGAAAUUGUUCAUUUACUCUUUUGGAGUAAUUAUACAAGUUUUUUGGUUUACAUGUGUUCAUCAAAUGUAUUUAGAAAUCAAUGUAAUACACUUAAUUUUAUAUCUGGUUUUGGACUUACGGUAUAUUCGGUAUCUCAGCUAGAUAAACAACUCUAUGAAAUAGUUGUAUCAUCAGACGAAGUACGUGGCGAACAGAAAAUUCGUAUACUUAUUCCAUCUGAUUAUACAACUAGUGAUAAUAAUCGUCACUACCCUGUUCUAUAUUUAUUACAUGGUUCACCUGGUGGUUCUGAAGAUUGGACAACACAAGGUAAAGUUCAAGACAUCUGUGGUAAUGUAUCAUUAAUUACUGUUAUGCCAAAUGGUGAUUCCUUCGGUUGGUACACAAACUGGAUUAUACCUGGCAAUUAUACUCCACAAAAUUGGCGUACAUAUCAUAUGGAACAAUUAGUACCUUGGAUUGAUUUUAAUUUACGAACAAUAUCUAAAAAACAAGGUCGUGCUAUAGCUGGUCUUUCAAUGGGUGGAUUCGGUGCUAUUCGUUAUGCUCAAUUAUAUUCCAAUAAUUUUAUUUAUGCAGCAAGUUUUUCUGGUGUUUUAAAUCUACUUAAUAAUGAUAUACAAAAUGAAAUUCUUAAUGACGUACCUAUUGAUGAUAAACCACUUGUAGGUCCAUUUGGUUAUCCUAAUGAAUCACUUAGCUCUAAUGAAUGGUUUGCUCAAAAUCCAAUUACUUAUGCUGCAAAAUUACGUGACGUAUCUGUAGCACUCUACACAGGUAAUACUGGUGAUCUGGAAUUGUUACUACGCGAUAGUAGUUAUUAUUUACGUGAUACGUUGAUGUCGUUAAAAAUUCCAGUUUAUUUCAAUGAUUAUGGAAAUGGACAAUCAAUCGGUUAUGAUUGCGAUGGAGGACAUACAUGGGCAUGUUGGAAUGCAGCGCUUAUUGAUGUUUUACCUCGUAUGAUGGCUGUUUUACAACAUAAUCUCUUAUAA